AUGAGCAAGACGCGUCGCAGAGAUGCGGUAGAUCCGUCAGAGGCGAAGACGGUAGUCGCCACAACGGAGGAACUGUCUGCAGCCACGACACCAGCAGUUGAGGCCGGAGGUGCUGAGGUCGCGGACAAGAAGCAGAAGCACAAGAAAAAGACGAAGAAGAAGCAGGACACGUCGGAAAAAGCCAACAAGGCAGCAACACAACCGAGUGAGUCUGAUGCUGUGGACAAGGAAGAGGCUGCGGAGAAAGCUGGAGGCGAUGAACAGGAUGAGGAAACGGAGCAGGCGAUUAGUGAAGCUGCUAGACUUUGCCAGGCCGACGGCAGUGUGGACGAGCGCUACUUUAGCGGCGAGGGCUUUGCUUCGCUGCCCUUGUCUGAGCCCACACGGAAGGCGCUGGCUGACAUGGGCUUCUCAAAGAUGACUAAGAUCCAGUCCAAGUCGAUUCGUCCGUUGUUGGCUGGCCAGGAUUUGCUUGGGGCAGCCAAGACAGGUUCUGGAAAGACGCUGUCUUUCUUGAUUCCGGCGGUUGAGCUAUUGCACAAAGUGCGUUUCACGGCACGCAAAGGCACGGGAUGCAUUGUGAUAUCUCCGACUCGCGAGCUGGCCUUGCAGAUAUACGGUGUCGUGCGCGACAUCUGCAAAUAUCACUCACAGACGCACGGUAUCGUCAUGGGUGGUGCAAACCGUCGCGCCGAGGCCGAGCGCUUGGUUAAAGGCGUGAACAUUCUCAUCUCUACGCCCGGCCGUCUGUUGGAUCACCUGCAGAACACGAAAGCCUUCGUUUACCACAACCUGCAAAUUCUUGUGAUUGACGAGGCCGAUCGUAUUCUGUCGAUUGGUUUCGAGGAGGAGAUGCGUCAGAUCAUCAAGUGCAUACCGAAGGAGCGCCAGACGAUGCUGUUUAGUGCGACGCAGACGAAAAAGGUAGAGGACCUUGCUCGUCUAUCCAUCAAGGAAAAGCCAGUGUAUGUUGGCGUCGAAGAGGAGGACACCAAGGCUACGGUGGCAACGCUGGAGCAGGGUUACGUCGUUACCCCGAGUGACAAGCGCUUCCUGUUGCUGUUUACGUUUCUCAAGAAGAAUCUGAAGAAGAAAGUGAUGGUAUUCUUCUCGUCGUGCAAUGCUGUCAAGUUCUACGGGGAACUUCUGAAUUACAUCGACAUUCCUGUGCUGGACAUUCACGGAAAGCAAAAACAAAACAAGCGCACGACGACGUUCUUCCAGUUCUGUAACGCGAAGACAGGCAUCUUGCUUUGUACCGAUGUGGCGGCGCGAGGCCUUGACAUCCCGGCUGUUGACUGGAUCAUUCAGUUUGACCCGCCUGAUGACCCGCGCGAGUACAUUCACCGCGUGGGUCGUACAGCUCGUGGCGCCAAGGGUAAGGGAAAGGCAUUGCUCAUGCUUUUGCCGGAUGAACUUGGCUUUUUGAAGUACCUCAAGGCUUCAAGGGUGGCGUUGAAUGAGUACGAGUUCCCUGUUUCAAAGAUUGCCAACGUUGAAUCGCAAUUGAUGAAACUCGUGGAGAAGACGUAUUACCUGCACAAAUCCGCCAAGGAUGCGUAUCGUGGUUAUUUGCUGGCGUACGCUUCGCACUCGCUAAAGAGUAUAUUCGAUGUCGGCCGACUCGACCUGCAAGGAGUUGCCAAGUCGUUCGGACUCCAGAUUCCGCCCAAGGUGACGCUUCCCGUGAAGACGAAUGGAAAGGCAGGGAAGCGCAAGGGCCAAUCGUUUGAAAAUGAUGGCAACUCGCGUGGCGGCAAGUUUCAGCGCUCGGGACACGCUUUCAGUGCCGACAACCCGUACGGCAAGCGCGCGACGGGGGACAAGCGUCAGUUUGUUCACUGA